AUGGGAGUUAGUUUAAGUUCAGGAGGCGGUGGAGAGGCAAAAGGUAUAUGGAGAGAAGAAAAACGAAGUGGAGCGAGGUGGACGAGGAGGAAGGAUAAGAAGAAGAAAAGGAAAAGAAGGUCAGGAGAGAAGAUGGAGAUGGAGAUGGAGAUGGAAGAAUGA